UUUCACAGUCAGUUAACAAGGAGGGCAACGUCCGAUGAGAUUUUUCCUCAUUCUGAUUGAUGGCCUUUGUAUCAACCAAGUAAACAUUGUAUGCAAACCGACCAACAGUAACAUAUGAAAAUUACUCUUCUCAGUCAACCAACAGAGAUAUUUAAGCUCCCCAAUUGAGAUGUUGCAGCCACGUCUGCUGCCUUUACAGGCAGUGGAUGUUCUCCUGCUGGCCGCGCGAUCCUCAUACCGUGCAGGGCCAGCCUCAAGAGCUCCAACGACAGCGCGCUUCUUCUCAUCAAGCUUGAUAAAUCAAACACCACGCCUCACAUGCCGCACAAGUAUACUACGCUCAGUACGGCCAACCGCCCUGAAGUCGUCACCAUUAGCACUACCCCGGAGCUUCAGCAAAUCCACUCCACGGCUUGAGGAUGCACCAAAGCAGCCUGCCCGCUUUCUGUACCCAGAGAGCCUGGUCAUCUACCACGGCGGCGCGGCCCGGACGACCUUUCUUGGCAUGCUCAAAUUCGCCAUGCUCAUGGGCGCCGUCUUCGUAGUGGUCAUCAUUGCCCCGGCCCUUUACCGCAGCGGCGAGCCCCUGUGGAAGCCAGCAGCAGUCAUCACAUGUGCCAUGAUCCCCCUGGCAUUCACCCUCUUCUCCACCAGCCCGCAGGUGGCCUUUGUGCGCCUGCGCCUGCCGCGCUUCGCCCGCGCCUCCCCGGAGCUCCUGCGACGGUACGCCGAGGCCCCUCCCGCCAACGCCGUCGUCGAGGUCGGCGUCCUCAACUUCCACGGCAAGCCUAGGGUUGUCGCCCUGCCGCUGGCCCGCCUCUCGCCCACUAACGAGCGCUUCGGCCUUGUCAACUGGACCGUCGUGGAAGACGCUGCCGAGACCAACAAGAGGCUUGCGUCCGCCGAGGGCAGUUUCACCAUCUGGCACCGCCUGCUGCGGAGACCCCUCAAAAAGUUGAACAUCCGCGAGCGCGGAAACGACGCCAAGGAGGCCUGGGUUUGGGAUGCCGUCGUUGCGGCUGUCGAGCGCCGGAAUCGCUGAAAAAAGCCAGAACAAAACAAAUUCGUGUACGUUACUGGAGCUUGGGAAAGUAAAAUAUAUAUAAAUCCACCGUUCGUGUACGUCAAGGGUAUAUAUAUACACCAAAGAGGGGCUCCGGGCCCCAUGGCUAGAAGAGAACUGAGGAAAAUACACAAGACCGAUCAUAUCGAAAAAGGAACAGAAAAAAUGUACUUGUAUCCUCCAUCGACCAUAAAUGUUAUCUUACAGAUUAUUUUCUUCGGCCGAAGAUAUCGUCGCUUCCACCACAUGUCUUCAUAAACCCGCAACGAUAUAUUGUACAGAUAAAAAGUCAUGUCUCGUUCUCUGA